AUGAGAUUUCCUAAAUCGGAUAAACAGGAGUCGCACACGACUCAAACUUUAUUUUUUUCAAACUUAGCUAUACACCAUCAGAGAAAUGAAUACUUAUGCCAACAUGCUACCACUCUAGAACCAGCAAUGAAAACUCGAACAAACGACUUGGGGAAAUAUGAUUAUUUGAUAAGAUCCAAAAUUUGCUGUGUCAAGUUCGAGAUUUCGUCGCCCCCAUUGAAGUCUUCUCCUGUCAGGUUGUUGAGAUUCAUCUUGCCUCUGUUGAUUUCGCUUUUGAUCUUGGACUUUAUUUCCUGGUUGUUCGACUCCAGCAGUUGCAGCAUUGUCCAGAGCGCAAUGUGCUCGAAGGUCGAGUUGCCCGAGUUCAAGAACUCCGAGAUGAAGUUGGAGAUCCCGUCCAGUAGUACAGUAGUACUGGACGUCAGGGUCGGGCGAGGACAGCAAUUGGACCAGCACCGGGACGGAACCGGCCUCGACCAGCUCUUUGCGAUUUUCCAGCGAAUGGGUCAUGUUCAGCAGGGCGCCGGUGGCAUUUCUUUGCACUCUAAGAUCUGGAGACUUUGCAAGUUUGGUGAGUGGGAUAAGGGCGCCGGAUGUGGCGAUUUUGGUUUUGUUUUUGUCCUGUGUGGCCAGGUUGGUGAUGCAUCCCACUGCGUUGCACUGGACUUCGAUGUUGGAGCUCAUCAUUUGUCUAAUAAGGGGCACCAGCCCACCCAUCUCGACUAUAAGCACUUUGUUUUCGUCGUUGACAGCCAUGUUUCCCAACGCGGCACAGGCUGCGCGCUGAACGUCCUGGUCGGAGCUCUGCAGCAGAAUCAGAAUUGGCUCCAGGACGUCUCUUGA